CAAGCGGGUGUUGAAGGUCAUGGUCGUCUCAUGGAUCCUCCAGCGAGAAAUUCAAUGUGGAGAUUUGGAUUUCCCAAUCCUGUAAACUACAAUGACAAUGAGCUUUUCUGCGGUGGUCACGCAGUUCAAUGGGAACAAAAUCAGGGUCGUUGCGGAGUUUGCGGUGAUCCUUGGAACAUGGAAAAACCACGAUUACACGAAGCCGGUGGCACAUAUGCGAAAGGAAUCAUCGGACGACAUUAUACCAUAGGACAGGAAAUCGACGUGGAAAUAGAAUUAACGGCGAAUCAUUGGGGUCGAUUCGAAAUGAGUUUAUGUCCGAAUAACAAUCCGAGAUACGAAGCGUCGCAAGAAUGUUUCGACAGGUAUCCGUUAUACAUAGCUGGAACGAGAAAAGAAAAACAAUUUAUAAUUCCACCGGAUACGAAAAAGAAAGCAAUUUUCCGUUACAAAGUUAGACUACCACCAUUCGUAACUUGCACACAAUGCGUUCUCCAAUGGACUUAUUACACAGGUAACAUGUGGGGAACUUGUGCAAAUGGAACGGAAGCGAUCGGUUGUGGAAGACCGGAAACGUUUAGAAAUUGUGCGGAUAUAACAAUCGUAACAAGUACAUCCGGAUUACCGCCGCAAUUCGUACAACCGGAUAAUCCAUUUUUAUUAUAUUUCCGGGAUUUAAGAACUCCCGAACUUGUUCAUCCGUUGGUCGUGUGCAUAGGUACUCCUUUAUAUCACAGAAUUCCAGGUAUCGAUCAUUGGUGUCAAGUUAAUUGUCUUCGUUAUCCGCCGAAUUGUCCAGCACUCAUAUGUCACUGUCCUCAAGUUUGCGAUGCCGUCGGAGAAAUCGAGGGAAGAGCCGGAGCGGAUACGUAUUGUCAAGAUCAAUGCAUUGUUUAUCCUCCUCGUUGUCCAGCACACAGAUGUCGAUGUUAUUAA